AUGAGGAGUCUUCGAGAUGAAGAGGAAUUUGAAGAGAACCUCAGUUCAGAUGUUAGUUCUCAGUGAGAGAGAAUCAGUUUUGGAGAUGCUAGGAUAUUGCCGCGUCAGAAACUAUUGCCUUUUGAGUCUCCAAGAUACUCUGAAAAUGAAUCUCAGGUAGAGGCUCAGAAUGAGGAUGAUGGUUUGGACAAAUGGCCUCCAGACUUUGAAAUUGCUGAGGAUCAUAAGAUAAUGAACCUUGCUGUUACUCAUGAUGUUGAAGAAAUCCAAAAUGAUCCUGAAGUUAGCAAUGAUAAAAUCUACUGUAAAUGAUGUGGGAGGAUUCAAAAGAAGUAUGUUAGCAUGCUUCCUUUGAAUUGUGAUAUUCUGGAUCUUGACUUUUUAGGAAUAGGGUUUCCUUUAUAUUACCAUUUAAAAUUGUUCACUAUCAGCUGCUUCGUUUUUAUUUUUAUUGUUGCAGGGCUACCUUGCUUUAUUAUCAAUCUAAAUCAAGACGGAAGGAGAGAGUGGGAUCCAAACUCAUCUUAUAUUGUUUCAACUUCAAUUGGAAACUUUGGAAAUGACCCUGAUAGCUACGCAAAAAGUAUAAUUAUUUUACAAAUCUGUUUGAAUAUAGUUUGAAUCAUGUUUAUUUUUAUUAGCAGUAUCUUUAUGAGAGAUUACCAGAACUGAAUGAUAAGAGAAUUCGAUGAGAAGAAUAUUACUCCUUCCGACUUUGGAAUUAUGAUUAGCAAUAUUCCUAAACACAAAAAGGAGCAUCAAGUUAGACAGUGGAUUAAAGAUCAUUUUGAAAAUGAUGCUGAGAUUGUCACUGUGAAUUAUUGAUAUGAUAUUACCUCUCUUGUCAAGAUUACCAGAAAGUUGACCACUCUUCAGAAUGUUUAUGUUUAUUUGGUUGCAUAUCAGAAGAGAAUGCUUGAGGAAGAAAGAAUGGAGCUUAUACCAAGAGGCAAUAAACAAAUUCCACAAAGUUCAAAAGUAUGCCUUUGUAUUUCAAAGCCAUAUCCUUCUAAAGAAAUUUGAGAAGAAGAGAUUAAGAAAGCAGAAGCCGAGCAAGAUAGGGAAAUAAAUUUCAUGAAGCUGAGAGCAGACUACCAAUCCUUUUGUGGCAAAGGGUUUGUUAUUUUUAACAAUCAAAGUGAAGCACGACAAAUUGUAAAGCAAUUUCAAACUUCUCUGUUUCAGAGAGCUCUUAAUUUUGUCGUUCACAAUAUUUUGGGUAAGAAAACUUCCAACAUAAUAAAAAGAAGUUGGGAUCAUAACCUCCUUUAUGUUGAGAGAGCCCCUGAGCCUGGGGAUAUAUAUUGGGAGAAUCUAGGAGUUUCUACGAAGAAGAGACUCAAAAAGAUUCUAUGGACAUAUUUUAUAGCUGCCAUUUGUCUUGCAAUAGCGUUUGGAUUAAAUUAUGGGAUUAGAAAGAUCAAGAAGAUUAUUAAUACUCAAGGAAAAGAAGGCACUCUGGACGAUUAUAUUAUUAGAAGUCUUUCCAUUGUUGGAUCUCUUGUUGUAGCUGCUAUUAAUACUAUCUUGGGAAGAGUGAUCAGAGCCCUAACAUCUUACGAGAAGCAUGAGACUUAUACUAAGUAUCAUAUUUCUGUAUCAUUUAAGUUAACUAUCGCAAUGUUUAUUAAUACUGUCAUCAUUCCUUUAAUUGUCAAUUUUGGAAGAGCUAAUUGGUUUGACUCAGGAAGUCUCAUGGUUGAUAUCUUUUACAUCUCAAUUACUAUCAGCUUCAUAAGCCCAUUUUCAUACCUUCUGGAUCCAAUGUAUCUUAUGAGGUUAUGGAAGAUAAGGAUAGAGAAGAGGAAAGGAUAUGACUCCAAAUUAACUCAAAGGCAGGCAAACAAAUUAUUUCAAGGACCUCCUCUUGAUAUGGCUCAAAGAUAUUCGAGCACAAUGCUCUUAUUUUGUAUUGCUGUGUUUUAUGUGUUUCCUCUCCCUAUUAUAUCCUUGAUCUCACUCCUUGGAGCAAUAUUUCAAUACUUCUUGGAGAAGUUUUUACUUUUACGAAGACAUUCUAUUCCUGAACCAAUUUCAGCUCCAAUUUGUAUAGUGUUUAGCAAUAUGGUUCCAUUUUUCUGUCUUCUGUACGGCUCCUCUCUCUACAUGUUUAGUGCUGCUCUUUCUGAAGGAAAAGAAAAGAGUGGAAUUGUAGCUCUUGGUCUUACUAUUUUGGCAAUACUGAUCCCUUUCCGGAAAAUUCUUGAUAGUUGCAAGAAAGAGGCUUACAGAAGCGAUACUUAUCAUUAUAAAGAAGAAGCUUUACACUUCCCAACUGAUUACGAAAGAACCAAUCCAACCACUGCUAAAGUCGGUCAAAUCAAACAUUUGAGAAGAAGACAAGCUGCAGGUCUUGAAAGAGGUAUAGACAUUGAGGAGUACAAACAAGAGAGGAGUAUUGAAGGCGUAUUACAUUAUGGAAGAUAA